AUGCAUCUCCGGAUCACAACUCUCGUCACAUCGCUCCUUUAUGCGACGGGUACUCUUGCCAGCCAAGACCCCAACGAUGUGUCCAUCUUGAUCAAAGAGGCCGCGCGUGCCAACAACGAGUCGCUGCUAUGGGGUCCCUACAAGCCGAAUUUGUAUUUCGGCGUCCGCCCUCGAAUCGCAAACAGUCUUGCUGCAGGACUACUGUGGGGAAAGGUGGAUAACUUUGCUACCGCGCAAGGAAACUUCCGACACACCUGCGAGCAACAUGAAGGCAUGGCCGGUUACGGAUGGGAUGAGUACGAUAUUCGCAAGGGAGGAGUUCAGACCAUCCACGAUGCUGGGAACACUCUGGACCUUACAAUUGACUUCGUCAAGGUCCCUGGUGGCCAGAACGGUGGCAGCUGGGGAUUCCGUGUGAAGGGUACACCACGUGAAGACGGCGCACCAGAUCAGCCUAUCUCGAUGCUAUUUUAUUCCACACUCGAGGGAUUGGGUCAGCUCGGCGUGGACCCGGAAAGCGUGGGCGAUGCUCCUGCGCUCGAGGGGGAUGUCAAGUUCAAUGGUUAUUCUUCCGAGCUUGGAGACUUCUCUAUUGAUGUUACUACUGGCCCGGAAACCAACCAGUACUAUGAGCAUACCCACCCGAGCUACGAGGCGAAACCUUUGGGCAAGGGUAUUGUGUCUAGUCAGACCGUUCGCCCGGAGGAUCUUUGGCAGGUCAAGGGGCUUAUGUUCUUGCAGAUGAAGGAAGAGGUUGAGCCCGCCAUUCAGGAAUAUGGAACGGAGAACCCCCCGCCUCCAGCUCAGCUGUUUACUGUUAAGCAUCAACCCGGUGAUGGAAACCUUCACUUUGUCCAGAAGGUCUUCAGAGGCCCUUUCGAGUUUGACGUUCUUUUCUCAUCAGGCUCUGCUGGUGAGCCCCUUACUUCGGAGACGAUCACCAAGGAGCUCAAGGAAUCCUCGCUAUCUUUCUCUGAGAGAUUCAAGCAGGUGCUUGCGCCACAAGUCCCCUUCAACUCCGCUAAGUACCUGAAGUUUUCCAAGGCCAUGCUUUCCAACCUGGUUGGUGGUAUUGGCUUCUUCCACGGAGACGAUGUUGUCGACCGUUCCGCUUCUCCUGCCUACGAGGAGGAGAACGAAGGCUUCUGGGAAGAAACUGCAGAGGCUCGCGCAGCGGCCAAGCCUGUUAUCGGUGCCCCCAAGGAUCUCUUCACCUGUGUUCCCUCUCGUCCAUUCUUCCCUAGAGGUUUCCUCUGGGAUGAAGGUUUCCAUUUGUUGCCCGUCAUGGAAUACGACUCUGACCUUGCUCUCGAAAUCAUCAAGAGCUGGUUCCACCUCAUGGACGAAGAUGGAUGGAUCGCUCGUGAACAGAUCCUCGGCAUGGAGGCUCGCAGCAAGGUGCCACCUGAGUUUACAGUUCAGUAUCCCCAUUACGCCAACCCGCCGACUCUUUUCAUGGCCUUGGAAGCCUUUAUGGACAAAGCAAUGAGCAACAAGAGCUUCCAAUCCGAAGGUCUCGAUGCCAGCGACGUCGCUGAGAGCCUCCGAUCUGCAACCCUGCGCAAUCCCGACCUGGCCGAUGCAUACCUCCGUUCCUUCUACCCUCUGAUGAAGAGACACUACAACUGGUUCCGCAACACGCAGCGCGGAGAUAUCAAGUCUUACGACCGCGAGGCUUUCUCUACAAAGGAGGCCUACCGCUGGCGUGGACGCUCCGUUCAGCACAUUUUGACCUCCGGUAUUGAUGAUUACCCUCGUCCCCAGCCACCGCACCCCGGUGAGCUGCACGUUGAUCUGAUCAGCUGGAUGGGCAUGAUGACCCGCACAUUGCGCCGCAUUGCAGAGACACUGGGUGAACAGGAAGAUGCUGAGGAGUUCGCAUACCACGAGAACGCCAUUACGCGCAACAUUGACGACCUGCACUGGAAUGAGAAGGAGCAGACUUUCUGCGAUGCGACUAUCGACGAGUUCGAGGAGAGUGUGCACGUCUGCCACAAGGGUUAUAUCUCUAUUUUCCCGUUCCUGACUGGCAUGAUUGGCCCUGAUAGCCCUCGCCUCAAGGCCGUGUUGGAUUUGAUCAACGACCCCGAGGAAUUGUGGAGUGACUACGGCAUCCGCAGCUUGAGCAAGAGCGAUAAGCUCUACGGCACUGAGGAGAACUACUGGCGCAGCCCUAUUUGGGUUCCUAUCAACUACUUGACGGUCAAGAGUCUUUACGCUACCGCCACCACUGGUGGUCCCCACCAGGAACAGGCCCGCGAGAUGUACUCGAAGCUGCGCAAGAACUUGGUGGAGAAUGUUUUCCGUGAGUGGGAGAAGACCGGAUUUGCCUGGGAGCAGUACAACCCCGAGAGCGGUGCUGGACAGCGCACACAGCACUUUACCGGCUGGACCAGUAUGGUGGUGAACAUCAUGUCCAUGCCUGAUCUGGCCGAGUCCGCUGACGCCCGUCACGACGAGCUGUAG